AUGUUCAUGAUGCUUCCCAAACAUGUGGCGUUCAAGGGCCCUAAUGGCAACUUGCUCGGCACCCGCUUGAGCGAGGUCUUCGCCAGUGUCGACGGAGGCCUCUCCUAUUCCUCGGGCAAAUUGUGGAGGCUGACCAAGGGCGAUUGGAUCUGCCUUGACGCAGAUAACUCAACCAGCAUCAAGAGAUUUGCCGUCACUGAAAAAAUUACAAGCAACGACUCAGAAGCAUACCUGGAGGCGAAAGAGCUUGGGGUUUCAAAGGAGAUCUACAACAAGAAGGUUGUCGAAAUUGUCGUGGGAGAGGCGGUUAACCGUACCAAAGAAACUCAAACUGUAGAGCUGAAGCUCUCGUAUAAAAAAACUAGGAGCGGAAGCUUGAAGUCCAGCGUGUUCAAGUUGGGCGUCCAGAGCAACAUCGACGGAGAGGUUCCAGUCAUCGCAGACAAUGGAAAGAUCGAGGUUGAUGAGUUUGCAGAAUCAGUGGAGAGGAGAAAAACCGGGACAGCCACAAUAUUCACAUGUAGUGUAAACGAGGUUAAUGUUUAUAAGGUUGUGGUGACGGCAAUGGCUAUGGUGAAGGUGAAGCUUCUAGUGACCAAGGCUUCUUACGAUGUUCCCUUCUCCUAUACGCAGCGCGAAACUCUCGCUGACGGAAAAAGAAUUACCAACGACAUGGAUGAUGGGGUUUACUGUGGCACCAAUACCUUCAACUUCAAGUUCGAGACCACAGAAGAAAAGCUUUAA